AUGUCUGCAGUCACCAGUAAUUCUUCUGUGCCAUCUCUGUCUACUCCAGAUCACGACUCUGGAGACUCUUCUAUUCAACCAUCGAUAUCGACCAUCGAUAAUGCAAUCCAGCUUCCCCCGAGAUACUCUGUUAUAGCUAUCUCCUCACCUAUAGCAGCUAGUGGAAACUAUUCUAGGACCCUGAACGCGUUUACCAAUCCUCCUCGUUAUUCGACAGUAUUUUACUCUAGAGCACGACCACGUGCAGAUCGCGCUCGUGCUAGGCGCUCUCGACUAGGUCUUUCGGUAGAACAAGACCGCAAUGCGCUACCUAGUGCCUCAUCAGGUCUUCAGCUCCGCGAGUUUCACAUUACCACUAGCGCCAAAUCCAAACCAUGGACGAAUCUGAGAAUAUAUGGCCCUUCAAGUGGGAAUGGUCAGAAAGUCCUGCGAUUCAGUGGAAACGAUCUCAUAACAGGAUCAUUGGAUUUAAACCUUGAAACACCACAAACCAUCAACUCUAUAAAUCUUUCGUUACGCGGCCGGGUUAUCACUACCUCUUAUGAGGAUGGAGCAUGUACUUUUCUUGAUUUACCUAUAGUAUCCUGGAACCGCAAUAACGGAGACCCGCGCUCCCUGUUCUUACUUCCAGGAGAAACCCCAGCAUCUCUCGCUGCUCGAACGAAGAAAUUCGAUGGAAAGUUUGUGGGAAAAUACUCAUGGCCGUUCUCUUUCCCUUUCCCCGAGACCAUAAGCCUCCCGGGACAUCACGGACAACCAAAUAUACAGACCCCUACACCGCCAACUUUUCUAGAGCGCGGAACUCAAGGAAAUAUUGGUUACGAACUUGUAUUACGAAUAACACACGGUAUUUUACGAUCGGACUCUAAACUUCACGCGACUAUCAUCUACGUCCCUGACAUCAAGCCCACUCCCUCAUCCAUUCUUCGCCAACUUGCUUACUCGCAGCAAUUACAACUACCGGGUCCUGAUGUCGAUCCUGUAGGCUGGCAUUCGAUGCCACCUGUCACUGUUUCCGGGAGGCUUUCUGGCCGUAAAAGUGUCAAAUUCGACUGCACACUUUCCAUCACGAAUCCACAAGCAUAUACCCGCGGAACUAUUAUUCCUUGCCACGUUUCUAUCCGCUGUAAAGAUUUAGAGGACCUCGAUGUAUUCGCCCGCCCAGAGACCCUGUGCAUUCGCCUUGCCAGACGUGUACAAUACUACCACGACGGCGGUCAAUCAUUCCUAUCGCGCAAGCAGAAACAGGCACAGGUAUUAUCCGUCUCUGUGCGAGGAAAUGCGACAGAUGUACAGAAGGGUAUGCUGGUCGAUGUUGCAGAAGUAGAAAGAGCUGUUUGGUGGACAAGCUCAGACAAUGAAAGAGCGCAGAGUCAGCCUAUAAACGGCGUUUACUGCAGGGACUUGAACGGAGAGAUCCAUUUAAGCAAGGAACUCCAACCAUCUUGCUCCUUUUCCUUGUUCAAAGUUUCCUAUACAGUCGAAUUAAUUGCAUUCAAAUCGGCAUUAUUUCACCCCCAUGCUCUCAAGGCAACCUUCAACGAGAGUAACACCGAAGGCUCGGGUACUGUGGCCUCCCUUCCAGUCACGAUUGCCACAUUACAUGGAGAGGGCCCCAUUCCUAUUGCGGUCACCAAACCCAAGCCUCGCAAAGAAUGUGUCGACUUGAGAAAUACCACAGACUUUGCCGUCUUGGACAUGUAUCGCACACUCUAA